AUGAAUGACGACGACGACGACGACGACUACGACGACGAUGAUGAAGAAUUUGUGGAACAACUGAAUUCGAUAGAUUGGUUAAAUGGGUGUGUUCGGAGGACUCCACUGGAAUGCAAUGAUGGAGAUGGCUUUCGGAAGUAUAGUGAUUCAGAAAAGCGAAGAAUAUUAGAUUGGGGAACACGGGUUCGAGUAAUUGAAGGGAUUGCUCAGGGGCUUCUUUAUCUUCAUCAGUAUUCUAGGUUAAGGAUUAUUCAUAGAGACUUGAAGGCCAGCAAUAUUUUGCUGGAUAUUGACAUGAAUACCAAAAUAUCAGAUUUGGGAAUGGCCAGAAUCUUUGGAGGAAACGAGUCACAAGCAAAUACAAAUAGGAUUGUUGGAACUUAUGGUUAUAUGUCCCCUGAAUAUGCUAUUGAAGGCCUCUUUUUGGUGAAAUCUGAUGUCUUUAGCUCUGGCAUCUUAUUUGGUCUCCUCUGUGUUCAAGAAAGUGCAGCAGAUAGACCUACCAUGUCCGACGUUGUCGUGAUGCUUAACAGUGAAAGUGCAGAUCUACCUUAUCCCAAACAACCCACUUUCUUGAAUGUGAGAAGUAUGGUGAUGGCAAACCCAGUUCAUAGGAGGCAGAAAGAAAUUUGUUCUCUGAAUGAUGCAACAAUUUCAGAUAUCGAAGGCCGAUAA